AUGGGCCUGGUUCAGUUAGGACUGAUUCACUUACAGGAAACUGUGGAAGACCUUAGGCUGGAGAAAGUGGCGGAUUUGAUAGAUAAUGGGCGCUGGAAUGUUGAGUUGAUCCAAGAGGCUUUUAGUCCUCUCACUGCCCAUAAAAUUUUGGCAAUUCCACUUGCAAACCAAGGUAAUGUGGAUUCUAUAUAUUGGUUUGAUUCCACUAAUGGCAUUUAUGUGUGUAAGUCAGGAUACAAUUUCAUCAGGUCCUUGGUGGCUAGAGAGGAGGCUUCAACAUCCUCGGGUCCUCUACUCCAGGCGAAGCUUUGGCGUAGGUUAUGGGCUAGCCCAGCCUUGCCACGGUGCAAGGAAGUAGCUUGGAGGGCUGUACGAAAUUUUCUUCCAAUGAGAGGAGAACUUGUGAAGAGGGGGAUGCAGCUUGAUCCAUGCUGUCCUUUUUGCGAGACCGAAGUCGAGACAUGUGGUCACUUGUUCUUGAAAUGCCCUGCGGUAGAGAGGGUGUGGUUUGCGUCGGAUUUGGCGAUUAGAACUGAAAGUUUCAGCUCGGUUCAUGCUUUGAUGGUGGCGGUUUUAGAGGAGGAUGAUGUAGAUUUUAUAGCAGCAGUGCAACAGCUUAUGUACGUGACUUGGGAGGCUCGGAACUCCAUGGUGUUCAAUGGGAGGAAACUGGAUGUGGGAGAUGUGCUGCGGAGGUCAUCCAUGUUGAAGCCUUGGGAUGAUGGUAUUCAUAUUCCUCAAUCACUGACAGCUUCACGCCCUGCAAAUUGGAAGAGGCCAGAGGAAGGAAUUGUCAAAAUAAAUUUUGAUGCUUCAGUUAAGAACGAGAUUGGUGGUCUAGGAAUGGUGGCUCGGGGUACUCAUGGUGCGAUUCUAGGAGCUGCAGCUUUGUAUCCGGUUAGUGUGAUCUCCCCUUUGCUUGGCGAGGCUUGCGGUUUCCGAUGGGCACUGAAGUUGGCGACGGAGUUUGGAUUCCGAUCAGUUUGCUUUGAAACUGACUACUUACAGUUAUUUGAAUGGUGGAAGAAGGGCUCUAUUGGUUUGUCUUAUUUAGAUACUAUUGUUCGCGAAUGUCGUCUUUUUACUUCUGCUUUUAGUUAUUUUCAGUUUACUUUUGUGAGACGUUCAGGUAAUUUAGUUGCCGAUUUUCUGGCUAGGAAUGCCUCUAAUUUCCCCAACUCCGUUUGGGUGGAAGAGGUACCUCAUGAUGUAGAUCACUUGGUGAUCAACGAUGCUUUGGCUUCAUCGCCUGCGUUGAUUUAA